UUGCUGUCACAGCACCCACAGCAUUCUGAUCCUGCUCGCAGCCCAACAGUCUCUCCGAGGAUGCUCCACUUAAAAGUGCAGUUUUUGGAUGACUCCCAGAAGAUUUUUGUGGUUGAUCAAAAAUCGUCUGGGAAGGCACUGUUUAACCUGAGUUGCAGCCAUCUCAACCUUGCUGAGAAGGAGUAUUUUGGAUUGGAAUUCUGCAGCCAUGCUGGAAAUAACGUUUGGUUGGAACUUCUGAAGCCCAUAACAAAACAAGUAAAAAAUCCUAAGGAGAUUGUUUUCAAAUUUAUGGUGAAAUUUUUCCCAGUGGACCCUGGACAUCUGCGGGAAGAACUUACAAGGUAUCUUUUUACUCUGCAAAUAAAGAAGGAUUUGGCUCUAGGAAGACUUCCAUGCAGUGACAAGUGCACAGCGUUGAUGGUAUCUCAUAUCUUACAAUCAGAACUGGGAGACUUUCAUGAAGAAAGAGAUAGGAAACAUCUGGCACAAACCCGGUACUUAGCAAAUCAAGAUUGUUUGGAGGAAAAGAUCAUGCACUUUCAUCAAAAGCACAUUGGCAGGAGCCCAGCUGAUUCUGACAUUGUGUUACUGGACAUAGCAAGGAAGCUGGACAUGUACGGCAUCAGGCCUCAUCCUGCCAGCGAUGGGGAAGGGAUGCAGAUUCACCUGGCUGUUGCUCACAUGGGCGUGUUGGUGUUACGGGGAAAUACCAAGAUCAAUACUUUCAACUGGGCUAAAAUUCGCAAGUUGAGUUUCAAGAGAAAGCAUUUUCUCAUCAAACUUCAUGCCAAUAUCUUGGUGUUGUGCAAGGACACCUUGGAGUUCACCAUGGCCAGCCGAGAUGCCUGCAAGGCUUUCUGGAAGACUUGUGUAGAGUACCAUGCCUUUUUCCGGCUUUCUGAAGAGCCCAAAUCAAAGCCCAAAACCUUACUCUGCAGCAAGGGUUCCAGUUUUCGCUACAGUGGAAGAACCCAAAGGCAACUUUUGGAAUACGGGAAAAAAGGGAGGUUGAAGAACUUGCCAUUUGAAAGGAAACAUUACCCGUCUCAGUACCACGAACGACAGUGCAGGUCCUCGCCAGACAUCCUCUCUGAUGUGUCAAAACAAGUGGAAGACUUGAGACUAACCUAUGACUGUGGCUACUACCUGAAUGUGAAUGGAGUGCACGCGUCGGAGCCCAGGCUAGAUAGCAGGAGGAGGAACUCAGCUGUGGAGGUGACGUUUGCCGCUGAACUGGAGCGAUCCAAACCAGAGGCACAUACCACAUCAUUACAUCAAUCCCAAAGCACUUCCUCUUUCCCUUUGAUUUACACAGACCCAGUCUUUAACACUGACCCUGAUCCCAGAGACUUCUUUGAGGAGAGGAGUUCUCUCAGUUCCUUUAAAACCAGCUCGAAGUUCGCUGACAAUCACAUGAGCACAUCUUCUGGCCUCACAACCCAAGCAAGUUCAGCACGGCAGCUAACGUACACAGAUGUGCCCUAUAUUCCUUGCACUAGUCAGCAGGUGGAUAUCAUGCCUCCCCAAGUCUUUUUUUAUGUGGACAAGCCACCCCAGGUGCCCAGAUGGUCUCCAAUCAUGGCAGAGGAAAGGUCAAGGCUAGACAGCUAUAGAGAACCCACUGUCAUGAAGCCAGCCAAAAGAAGCCCAAGAAGCAUCAGACUGAAGAACUUCCAGCAAGACCUUCAAGAACUGCAAGAAGCUAUGGCUAGGACUAGUGGCAGGAGUAACAUCAACAUUGACCUAGAAGAGGAAGGCCAGCACAUAGAAGAUGAGUUUGCAUACAGCAUUCCAGAGCAAACCCCUAAACGGUCCCAGAGUCAGUCAGACAUGAAAACGAUCCGUUUUCCUUUUGGGUCAGAAUUUCGACCUUUAGGGCCUUGUCCUGCUCUGAGUCGUAAAGCUGACUUGUUUACCUACAUGUUGGCUGAUCAGGAACUUCCAACAGUUCUCAGGGAUCAAAGUACAGUAGGAAGGCAGGUAGCUAGUGAGUCCAGUGAUUCUGAAUCCGAGAUUCUCAAACCAGACUACUACUCUCUGUACGGCAAGGGAACGAGGUCACCCAUGGCCAGAAUCCGCUUGUCUUCUGGGAGUCUACAGCUAGACGAAGAGGAGGAAGAGGUUUCUUUCAACACACCAGCUACUGAGGACAGGACUUCGUUAAAACCACAUAAUUACUUUUUAGCCUAA